ACAUCAUGUACUUAAUCAAAUGUGUGUGGUGGUCCGUCCGGUAGUCCGCGGGGAGCAGUUGAAUUAAAAAGUACAUAUUUGUACAUUGUGUAUUCACUAUUUAAUAAAGAAUAAUAAUAAACCAGUUCUACUUUCGUGGGAAGAAAUAUUGAAAGGAAGCCUACAUGGCUGACACGAGUACUGCAAGUUCGGAAGUUUUAUGUAUCGUGUCAAAAAGUAACAAUCUUUUUUAAAUAUGUACUCGUGGACCAAAACUCGUAUUUGUAACCAAAAUUUUCAAAGGCAGCUGGCCGCUGAAGAAGUAUGAAGGAGAUAACAGGCUGCUGCGCAACAAGUUGAAGUCGAGAAGCUGGCAUGGCGCUGGACACGUCUCGGCGCGAGGCGCUCGUGGUGGUGGGGCUGUGCCUGGCGUGGUACGCGGCCAGCUCGGCCAGCAACGUGGUGGGCAAGCUGGUGCUGACGGACUUCCCGUACCCCGUCACCGUCACCAUGGUGCAGCUGCUGAGCAUCGUACUGCUGAGCGCGCCCGCCUUCGCGCUCUGCGGCGUGCGACGCCAGACUGACUUCCCGCGCCGCUACUACUGGCGGACUCUCGUGCCGCUCGCUUUUGCCAAGUUCCUGACCACUAUUUGUUCCCAAGUUUCCAUUUGGAAAGUUCCCAUCUCCUAUGCGCAUACAGGUGAGUUAAUAUAUAGACUGGCUUUAAGAUAGUGAAAAAUUUUGACUAUGCGGAUUGUAGACUUGGUCCGACUUUGGCAUGUGCUAUUUAUUGGUUAAAUAAUACCCCACGCCAAAAUCUUACUCUUUGUUGAAAUUAUUGUAGUUACAUGAAAAGGAUCAAAUCCAAACCAAGCCACUUUAGAUAUGAAAGCUACAAAUCGAAAAAAAAAGAACCAAUGUUUGUAGUCUGGGCCCACCCGGCAAUAGCAACAUACCAUCGGAUGAGGCUUUUUAAAUGGAACAAUAGUUACUAAUAUACCUAUGUAUCUAUGCUAUGAUCAAAUAAUAUAAGUGCUUUCAGAUAUAAAACAUCCUAAAGUCAUCUCAGUCUAAAUUAUUCUGUAUGGAGAUUUUUAAGAUUUUCAUCUUGUGAUUAUAGAUGCUCUUUCUACUAUAUAUAGGAUAGUAGAGAAGCUCAUUGAUAAAUAAUAUCAUGCAUACAAAUUGAUCCUAAAGGUUUUGCAUGACAAGGUAAUUUUUUGGAUGGGUGGCAGUUUAAUAUCAAAUUGCCUUUCUAGUAUGUUUUAGUAGAAGUAGUAGGGAUGUAGUGUUGUAUUUUUUGUAUGGAAUUUGCCCAUUGUUGGUCAAUUAUCAAAAUUAUGGAUGUUGUUGCAUAAAGUAAUUCCUAGGAUUGCUCUCUGCUUUAAGUCUUUCUAGAAGGCACGAAGUCAGGGAUCAUGUCUCAGUACUAUGGACUGACAGGAGAGCUCUGUUAGCUCUUGUACUGAAUAAAUUACCCAGAGUCACCAACUAUUUUGGUGAUAGAACACUAAAAAAGAGAAUACCGUAUCUAUUAAACAGUCUGCCGGCAGACAUAAGGAGUGAAACAAAUUCAAAUAGGUUCAAACGAAAAUUAAAGUCAUAUUAUUUAGAAAUGUCCUAAUAAUAAGUAAG